GCCACCUGUGCCGCACUGAGCAGCGCCAGGCGGGCAGAGAAUUGUUGUGGUUUGGGGGUCUGUGCCACUGCGUGUGCAUCCCCAGCCCCUGCGCCCGCCACACCUCCACCGCACACAGCGCUCACGGAAAAGUUCAAGGGUCCGCAGCGGUCGGCGGCUGGGAAGAGAGAGGAGGCGGAGGAGAAAUUGGGACCCCCCUCCCCGCCAGCCCAGAUCCGGAGUUCGCCAAGGAAAUCUCAGGUCCCGCCUCUCUAUAAAGCCGACUUCAGGACUGGAUCCGUGGCCGCGACAACUGCGGGGGCGGGGGUGGGGUGUCAAGCGCGGAGCAAGAGCGGCGCGCACCCGGGAUGAUGCCGUUCCGAUCCCGCGCGCCUCGUUACCCACGCCAGCCAGCUCCGCGGCGCCAGGUCCAGGAGCGCAUCGCAGCCCAGCGCACCGCAGCCCAGCGCACCGCCGAGGGCUGGGGAAGACAGCAUCCGAGACUAGGAGGUUGGCCGGGAUCCGGGAGGGCAAGGCUGGAGACCUGGGAGGCGGGGGAGCGGCGAACCGGUGGGAAAACGGGGCGGGACCAGAGAGCGCCCCGGGGUGCGGAGGGGAUCGGUGGGAGACCCGGGCGGUGCCAACCGCUGCUGUGCAGGCGGAGUCGCGCGUGUGCGCGAGAGACCCAGACCCCGCCGCCAGCGCUUGCUGCGCCGCUAGCCGCCCGCCAGGGCAGGCUACCCUAAGCAUGAGCGCGCCCCCGACGCUGCCCCCUGGGGCCGAGGAAGUGCUGGAGACGGCCUGGCCGUCCCCGGCCAACGGCAGCCGCGCCCCACUCGAGGAGGAGGGGGCGGUGGGGCCCGACGGCGCCGGGCCGGUGGGCACCAUCGCCAUCCAAUGCAUCUACGCGCUGGUGUGCCUGGUGGGCCUGGUGGGCAACGCGCUGGUCAUCUUCGUGAUCCUCCGCUACGCCAAGAUGAAGACGGCCACCAACAUCUACCUGCUCAACCUGGCCGUGGCCGAUGAGCUGUUCAUGCUCAGCGUGCCCUUCGUGGCGUCGUCGGCCGCCCUGCGCCAUUGGCCCUUCGGCGCGGCGCUAUGCCGGGCGGUGCUCAGCGUGGACGGCCUCAACAUGUUCACCAGCGUCUUCUGCCUCACCGUGCUCAGCGUGGACCGCUACGUGGCCGUGGUGCACCCGCUGCGCGCCGCCACCUACCGGCGGCCCCGCGUGGCCAAGCUGGUCAACGCGGGCGUUUGGCUGGCCGCCCUGCUGGUCACGCUGCCCAUUGCCAUCUUCGCCGACACCAGGCCCGUGCGCGGCGGCCGCUCUGUGGCCUGCAACCUGCACUGGCCGCACCCAGCCUGGUCAGCGGUCUUCGUGGUCUACACCUUCCUGCUGGGCUUCUUGCUGCCGGUGCUGGCCAUCGGCCUCUGCUACCUGCUCAUCGUGGGCAAGAUGCGCGCUGUGGCCCUGCGCGCCGGCUGGCAGCAGCGCAGGCGCUCGGAAAAGAAGAUCACCAGGCUAGUGCUCAUGGUGGUGGCCGUCUUCGUGCUCUGCUGGAUGCCUUUCUACGUGGUGCAGCUGCUGAACCUGUUCGUGAGCAGCCUCGAUGCCACCGUCAACCACGUGUCGCUCAUCCUCAGCUACGCCAACAGCUGCGCCAACCCCAUUCUCUACGGCUUCCUCUCCGACAACUUCCGCCGCUCCUUCCAGCGGGUCCUCUGCCUGCGCUGCUGCCUCCUGGAUGCCGCCGGCGGCGCUGAGGAGGAGCCCCUGGACUACUACGCCACGGCUCUCAAGAGCAGAGGUGGGGCAGGGUGCAUCUGCCCGCCGCUGCCCUGCCAGCAGGAGCCGGCACAGCCAGAACCCAACCGCAAGCCCAUCCCGCUCACCGGAACCACCACCUUCUGAAGUUCUUCCUCCUCCCACCAGCGGCCACCUCCCCAGGGUCUGAACAACCUCUCAGUCCCGCAAGUGGCACCUCCUGGAUGUACCCUUAAGGAGCAGCACCUGUCGCCACCGGAGCAUCAUCUCUAGGCCAGCAACCUGCAGCCUCAGGACUAUGCUCCUUUCUGGGACCCUAGCUUCCAGGACACCUCGGUGAGGGUAACACUCCCCUAGGGAACUGAGCCAGGGGGUGGAUCGCUCUGCAGCUGUGGACUGGGAAGAAAAAGGUGACUGGAGGGAGACGGCCAACUGCCUGUGUGACUUAUAGGGCUGGCUUGGGGGUAGCCCCUGGGCCGGGAUGGUGAAGGCAGGCAGUGCCCUUGCUCUAUCUGCAGACUCAGCCUGGUGGUGAGAGUGCAAUGGGUAUGGAGAGAGAGGGAGGAAGGAGAUGCCUCAGAGCUCACUCCCUUCAGUUCUGUUCCUAGGCUCUUGUUGCUAAGUGAAAUUUCUCUGAGCAGCCUGGGGCAGAGGCUUUAUUCCCAACACCCCACCCCUCCCCCAAGGCCAAACACUUGCCUGUCAUUGCCAGUGUCUUCCUGGGUUGUCAUGGGUCCCUUUAGGCUUCCCUGGAGUUGGUUGAAGAUUUGGAGAGAUAGGGUGUGGGGUUUGUUGCAAGCAUUAAACAAGGUCUGUAAUAAAAAAGCAGAGAGGACAAAAUGUCAUCAGGCUCCUGUGAUGUGAUGAUUUUUUUUUUCUUUUUGCCCCUGAUUCUUGGAUGUGGGAACAUGGCCUCUCAUUGAGGUUUCCGUUUAUGCCAUGGUGGUGAGUGGGAGUGCCUCCAGGAGGUGCAGAAGACAGCAAGUGUGGAUCAAUGGAAAUAAGAGAGAAGAGGCAGCCCCAUCACCCAUGCUUUUUUUUUUGUUGUUUUUUAAGAUUUAUUUUAUUUAUUUGAAAAGCAGGGUUACAGGGAGAAGUAGAGCCAGAGAGAGAGAGAGGUCUUCCCUCUACUGGUCUACUCCCCAAAUGACCACAACAGUCAGAGCUGAGUUGAUCCUAAACCAGGAGCCAGGAGCUUCUUCCAGGUCUCCCACAUGGGUGCUGGAGCCCAAGGACUUGGACCAUCUUCCACUGCUUUCCCAAGCCAUAGCAGAGAGCUGGGUCAGAAGUGGAGCAGCCAGGACUCGAACUGGCACUCAUAUGGGAUGCCGGCACCACAGGCGGAGGAUUUAAUCUGCUGUACCACAGCGCUGGCCUCCACCCACUCUUUCAAAAUGUCAACAUUCUAUGUAAAGCCAGCUGGAUACAGAUAUUCGCAUGGAGGCCAUAACUUUUGGCCUGUGUUAAGCAAAGCAUAAGUGAUCUUUUCCCAAAGGAAAAUGUCAGCUGAAGAGGUAGGUGCUUUCAUUCUGUUGCCCGUGGAAAGCAGAGGAGGGGGCGAGGGAGAGGCUUGUGCUACUCAUGUUGACAGCCGGAGUGAAAAUGUGUGACUACACGUGCGUGCGGUGCUGUGGAGGAGGCUCUACUGGGCACAGCAUAGCAAAAGAUGGGUACUGGGCUGGGCCGCCCCAGUCCUGAUGUUACCUGGAGGGAAGAGGCAGGG